AUGGUCGGCAGGAUGGGACUACCUGAAGAAUUACGCGUGGAGGGACUGGAAUUAUCGGGAGUUGUACGCGUUGUUUCGGACCGGAACGAGUUGAUGAGGUACACGGGCGAUUUGACUCGGGCGGGAUCGGAGGCGGAGAAGGCUUACCGAGGUGUCCUUGGGAUUUCAAAAUCAGUCAUGAACAAGCUCCUUAAAGUUUUCCGUCAAUCGGCGGUGGAGACGAUACAGAUUGAGAUUGUAGACGGUGGAUUGUUGAAGGAUUGCCUUGAAAUCGGGAGCAUGGACGUUGCAGGCGUGGUCCAGAUCCCGCUCCCCGAUGAUGGAAACCGCGAUCGCUGGAUUGUCUUCGAGACCAGUCGUUCCAGAUUUUAUUCCUGUAUUUUGGGUUCGUCCACUGGGCCGAUUGGGCCCAUUUUGUCAAGUUAUGCUCAAGCCCAUGGAUUAGGUUGGUUAUGCACUUUUGUAUGGGUAAGGCCUAACAAUGGGGGGUUAUGGGCUUAUGGCCCAUGUUUGCCAAGUAUAUAUAGAGCUUGACAUCAGUAAGUAAUGAUGAGUUGGCUGAAGAUUGAAUCUCUUUUAUUUGAAUUGGGGGAUUCAAAUUUGACUCUAUUAACGGUGGAAAGAAAGUCAUCGACCACCAUUAAUACAAUCAGGUAGCCGUUUUCAACUGUUAAUAGAGUUGUUGAAUUUUUCCUUA